AUGGUGGGGGAGGAGGGCCACCAGGUCGACCCCAUCGUCGUGCGGCGUGCCGUGCGUAAGAUCGACCGGUUCCUGAUUCCGGCUAUGAUGGUUGGUUAUGGGCUUGUUUACUACGACAAGGCUAUCCUGGGGUCUGCCGUUUUAUUCGGCAUGACAGGAGAUCUAAAGCUCAGCGUACCCAACCCUCAGAACCCCGCUGUGGUCAAUACCUCGCGGCUUAGCUGGGCGACAUCCAUCUUUUACUUCGGCAUGCUGGGCGGGCUAUAUCCGAUGUCGUACGCACUGCAACGCUUCGAUAUGGGGCGCGUACUCGGCGGUGUCGUCGUGCUAUGGUCGCUGAUAUGCAUGCUGACGGCGGCGACGACCUCGUACGAGGGCUUGUACGCCCAGCGUUUUUUCCUCGGGUUCGUUGAAAGCGUUAUCCCCACGGGGUUUAUGUGCAUCGUCAGUGGAUACUACACCCAGAGCGAGCAGUCCUUGCGUCAAAGCUGGUGGUUCUCGUCCACGGGCCUAUGGACCAUCAUCGGAGGAGCGCUCAACUACGGCUUUGCUCAGAUUACGGGCGGAGGACUGCGCCGCUGGCAAUACAUCUAUCUCCUCGCUGGCAGCCUCACCUUCUUGUUUGGCCUAUUCUGCUUCGCUAUGCCUAGUUCGCCCGUCUCGGCAUGGUUCUUAACCAAGGAGGAGAGAUUCGCGGCCGUCGAGCGCUUGCGGUACGGCCAGACGGGUGUACGAUGUACCAAAUUCAAGUGGUCGCAGUUGAGAGAGGCUGUGCUCGAUCUAAAGAUAUGGCUCAUCGCCAUCAUGAUGGCAUCGGCUUAUACCGUGAAUGGUGCCGUGUCCGGCUUCGGCCCACUAAUUGUUUCAACGUUCGGCUGGAGCACGCUGGAGUCCAUCGUCUUCCAGUUUCCACUCGGGGGGUUAUGCUUGAUCGCCAUCCUCCUUACCGGCUGGCUCGGUUCGCGCUAUUCCAACAUCCGCAUCCUGAUGCUGAUUGUCUGCUGCCUCCCCGUCAUCGCGGGAUGCGUCAUCAUAUGGAAGAGCGACUGGACAUAUCACGCCGCAGCUCCUGUGAUAGGGUACACGAUCACGGGAACGUUUGGCGCAGUGGUGAGCUUGAUCAUCACGAUCGGGAUGUCCAACGUCGCCGGGCAUACUAAGAAGAGUUUCACCACAGCGACUAUAUUCGUUGCCUAUUGUGUUGGAAACAUCAUUGGCCCCUUGUUAAUCAAAAGCGAGACCAAGGUCUCCCAUUACCCCGAGUUAUGGCUCGGGCUCAUAAUAUGUUAUUGCGUCACCAUAUUGGCUUCGGCCGCGCUCUUCGUAGUUCUGAGGCGUGAGAACCGGAGAAGGGAGUCGACAGUGAUCGAGAAUGAGACUGAAAGGGCUAAGCUCGCCUUUCAGGAUCUUACGGACAAGGAAAACCCAUAUUUUAGAUAUGUCAUGUAG